AUGGCGGCGUCCGAGCCCCCCAACUUCUCGUGGGGCGAGGGGCGGCUGGCGGGCCUGGCCAUGCCGCGGGAGCCGGGCCACUACCGGUUCCUGCUGGGCCAGGGCGUGCGGCACCUGGUGUCGCUGUCGGAGCGGGCCCCCCCGCACCACGGGUGCUGCCCCGCCAUCCAGCUCCACCGGCUCCGCGUGCCCGACUAGCCCCCGACCCCUGCGCAGAUCCAGGGCUUCCUGCAGCUGGUGGAGGAGGCCAACGCCCGUGGCGAGGCUGUGGCGGUGCACUGCAUGCUAGGGCACGGCCGCACGGGCACCAUGCUGGCCUGCUACCUGGCGAAGGCGCGGAGGAUGGAUGGCGGCGACGCCAUCCGGGAGAUCCGGCAGCUGCGGCCCGGAUCCAUUGAGACGUGGGAGCAGGAGCAAGCUGUGAUCCAGUUCUGCCGGAGUGUUCGGUAG